UUGAAACUUAGGUGAAUAGAGCUGAAAUGAUAAUUUCUCAGUCGAGUAUCUCUCGGAAAUGAGGAAAGGGUGUAUGAAUGAUUUCAGUGGCUCAUACUGGUUGUUAAAUGGUUUAGUUUUGGAUGAACACAGUGGAAGCGCUGGGGAUUUAAGAAAUUGAAAUAUAUCACUUUGUGAUAAAAGUGUAACUGCUUUCUACAAGGCGUAAAGAGAAGCGGAGCUAUUAAGCUCGGCGAUGGCUUAUUUUUUUUGAAAUAUCGUUUAUCUAUUUGUCGUGAAUUUACAAAAUGGCUUUGGUGUAACAAAGAAAAUUAACAGUUAAAGGUGUGUUUAUUCCGUUGUUUAAAACAUGUUUAUCUAGAAAUGCAUUGCAUAAUUUUAAGAAAAUGAUGGAUUAAAGACAGGAAUGUUAUGAACAUUAUAUAAAUGGAAAAAAGCAAAAUAAAAAACCUAUUAUUAUAGGUAUGAACUCUUUGAAACUAGACAUUGAUGCGCCCAGACAAAAUUCCGCAGUCGUUCUUAAUUAACAGGAAUUACUUCAUCAUGCACGCGUUAUAGUUGAAUGCACUUCGAUGGCGAAAACAGAACCCUGGAAUAACAUUUUGAUUAAAAAUGACACAGAAACAGUUGAUAAUCUUCCAACGGCAGAUGAUUUUCGACGAUUACAGUUGGUUAACGACACAAACACUACACUUAUCAACUCGGGACCAAUUUUUGAUGCUUAUGAACAAGCUUUAGCAGACAUAUACAUAUAUCCAUUGUGCAUUCUCUUGAUUUUUAUUUUUGUUGGUGUAAUAAGCAAUGGAUUUGUGUUAUAUAUUUUCUCUAAGCAGUGGGAACGUAAUAAAACUUCUGUUUUUAUCAUCACUCUAGCAGUGUUAGACAUCGCAAACUGCACUGUCAAUAUGCCCGUCGAGGUAUCUGUGUUCGCUAAACCAUUAACGUUUGAUCAUGAGCUAUUUUGCAAAUGUGCGCGGUGUUUUUCUUACAUAAAUACGGCCGCUUACUCAUUCGUUUUAGUUGCCGUAGCCUAUGACAGGUAUUUAAUGGUAUGUCAACCCCUGAAAAGACUGACAUAUGGUACCCGCUAUGCAAGAAGGGCAUGCAUAGGAGCAAGCGUGCUGGCAAUCGUAACACAGUGGCCCUCCUUCUUUCUGUAUGGGACAUUCACAUUCAGAAUUCCCGUUCAAAGUCCUGGAACAACUAUCAAAGAAAAUGUUUACGUUGAAGGCAAAACAUGUUUAAUAAAAAACGAAUACUACUAUGAAAACCCACUGCCAACUUACCUUUUCCAAGGGUUUCUGUUCAUAGGUCACGUAAUAAUAUUUGUGACACUGACGGUGGUCUACAUAAUCAUUGGACGACGUUUAUAUAUGGAGUCAUAUGUAGACACAAUGGAUGGGGAAAACCAUGGAGGACAUCUGAAGAAGAGCAUCAUGUCAGCAAUUACUGGUCGUACAAAAAACAGUCGGCCAACUCGUGUUGAAGAUAUACAACUGGAGGAGUUCAGGACGUUUCCAAAGCGCUCCCCGAAGACUCCCCACAGAGCAAUAGGCCAUCCUCGUGACGAGGGUGAUUCCCCACAAGAAAUAAAGCCGUCUUCUUUGACUAGGAGUUUAUACGAUUUGAGAGAAUUAAAAGUGAAAGGAAACGGAGUGUUAAAUGACAUUAGUAAUAAAAUUGCGUGUCAACAAAACUGUGACUCGACCAGCAACAAUGUGUUUAAACCAGCGAAUGAAAAUGGCGCUAACGAUGACCCGGUGUCAACACAUUCGAAACCAAAUUACAAUAGAAGUGUGAGUAUGGAUCUAAGUCAACUACAUUCCACAAGGUUAAAUAGCCACUCAAAAGCAGGAAAAGAUUUAAAGGAGUUGUCUUUAAAACGGAACACACGCAUAAUGAGAAUGGUAACCUUCACCUUCAUUCUUAGUUACCUCCCUUUCUUGAUCUUAGUUACUCUAAGAUACUCAAAUAAAGAUAUACCAACAAAGCUUAGUAAACAGGACAAGAUAGUGUAUCACGUAUUUCUGAAAAGCUAUUUCUUUAACAGUGUUAUAAGACCUUUUAUUUACAUUGUUAUGAAUAAGCAAUACAGAAGCAAACUAUGUCUAAUAUUAAAAAGGUUUAUUGGUCGCCAUGAUGUUUAAAAACAAAUAUCAAUUUAACUCUUUGCACAAUAUUUGAUGUUUGUUAAAUAGAUUAAGUUCCAUUGUAUUAUUGUUAGUUUCUAUACAUAUAUAUUGUUUAAUUCUUUACUGCCUAAUAUUAUCCAUCAACUGUGA